AUGAGCUCCAAUGCUAGGGAGUCGACUUCUGGUGCACAACCCGCCGUCUAUGUGCCUCCGCAUCGCAACGGCCCUGCCCACUCGGACACACGCUACUCCAAAAACCAACUUCUCGAUCUGUACCACAAGCAGAACGUAGAAGGUUCGCUAGAUGACUCUCUUUCCCCUUUGUUCGUCGCAGGAUGGGAGCCAAACCAGACCAACGGUGUCUCUUUGGGCGGAUGGGGCAGGAGAGACGAACAAGCAAAAGACCACGUUCCCGGUCCCGAAGUCUGCUGGGAAAAAGACGGCUCUACAGGUCCUUUAGGCCUGGUCGAUAUGGACGAUGAAGAGAGGGAGGUACGUCACGUUCUGGUGCCACACGUUGAUCUGCUGCUAAAUCGUCUGGCCAGCNACUUUUCGUCCGUCAACUCGCCUUUGAAACCACCCACUACCGUGACCAAGGAUGCUGUCAAUCCACCCAUGCGCAAGAUUUCUGUGUCGCAGAAUGUCAACAGUCCCGGUGCGUUUGGUGUUAGCUCGCCGGGUGGUGCCAGACCAGGUCCUCGACGCCGCGAAACGCAGGAGGCCUAUCCGUUCCCCUCGAGUUCGCAGCUCAACUCGCCCUCGGUCGUCAAGACUUCACGCGUCGAGUCCCGUCCUAACUCUCCUCCUCCUUCUCUGACCAGAAGAAGAGCCGACUUCAAGGACACUGGUGAUUCGUCGGAUGAAAAGCCUCCUGCCGAUAUUACUGAUACCGCUCGUCCUCCGUUCUCUGGCCUCAAGCGCACUGUCACUGGUCCCUUGAAUACGGCUGUUGGUGGUGGGUCAUCUCCAUGGUCUGCCACUCCACAGAGCGCUGGUUUCUCGCCAAUGGGAGCCUUUGGCAACUUUGCUAUCAACUCCAAUGCUACUGCUGGCACCCCGACUGCGGAUAAACGUCCAGGACUGGCCGGUGGUAGAGCUGAAAGUCGUUUCAAAGGACUCAUGGCCAAGGACAAUGAUGACGCCAAGUCAUCGCAAGCANACCCUGGAGGCCUGGAGUCAGUCCUACACGAAGAGCAACGUGAGCAGCAUGCUACUGGUAGUGCUGCUCUCGGUGGUGGUCAGGAUAUUUCUCCUCCCCGCAGCCGCGGCUUCGGUACUCCGAGUCGUCAGGACUCGCGUGACGACUUUGGCCAUGGCGCUUUUGGUAUGACAUCGGAUCCUUUCCGUACUAUGAUGGGCCAGCAGCACGAUCAAUCCCACAGCCGUCUUCAACAGCAACAGCCCACUGGUAACGAUGCCAUGAGCCCUUCGGAUACCAACCCCUACCAUAGUCCUGAGCACGUACCUGCUGACCUUGACGCUGACGACGACCCAUCCGAUCUUCACAAUGCUCAUCUACCCAACCUGGGUGGCAUCAUGAACGACCCCAUGUCUUCUGGUCCUGGUGCCUUCCAUGGACUUGGUAAUCUGGGACGUGUUCCGGCAGCUCCACCAAGCGACCGUAGCCAGACUUCUAGUGUUGGUCCCAACAGAGGCUUCGGCACCUUUUCUGGCCUCGGUGCUCUUCCUGGUCUUGGCGGCGCCUCCGCUUGGGGUGGCCCUCAAGCAUCAAUUGGUACGCCUAGUAGAGACAGGGCUGCCCUGGCUGGCAACUUCGGCGAUAACCCCUUCGGCUCUUCCGCUGACUUGGGCUCUCCCAGCCUUGCUGCUCUGAGCGGCCUGGGAGCAUUCGGCGCGCACCCUAGCCAGAGCCGUGGUGGAAGCCGACUUGGCUCUCUCUUCCCGACCAGCGUACAGGACCAGAUGCGUCCUGAACAUGGUCGACAAGAUGAAGAUGACGCUGGUUCAGCAGACUUUGCCAACCUGCCUCGCGACACGUCUAGUCCUUUCAGACGUGCUGCUGACGUGGCUGCUGGCUUCUCUGAACAAGACCGCAACACGGAGCCAUCUCAACAGGAGCCCAUCGGCCAACGCCCUGCUCAGCCCUCUGCUUCUAUGCAGGCUCAGGCUGUCAGCAGCUCCGCAUCUAACCAACCACCUCCAGCUCAGCAGAAGACUAUGGUUAUGCCCGACCGUAUGAGGUGGAUCUACCGUGACCCUCAGGGAGUCACUCAAGGCCCGUGGUCAGGCUUGGAGAUGCAUGACUGGUACAAAGCCGGUUUCUUCUCCCCUGAGUUGCUUGUUAAGAAGUUUGAGGAUCCCGAAUAUGAGCCCUUGGCCCAGCUGAUCCGUAGAAUUGGAAACUCUCGCGAGCCAUUCCUGGUCCCUCAGAUCGGCAUCCCUCAUGGCAACCCCACUGCUCCUCAGCCCCCAGCCAACAACUGGACUAACCCCUUGUCUUCAGGAGGAGCGCAGCCUCCUUUCGCCAACAGCUUCCCCAGCUUUGGAACCACCCUGACUGCUGAUCAGCAGAACGCCUUGGAACGUCGCAAGCAAGAAGAGCAAUACUUGAUGGCUCGCCAGAAGGAGCAUCUUGCCCAGCAACAGUUUGCACAGCGCUUCCAAGCACAGACUGGCCAGUUGCUAUUCCCACAGCUGCACCACCAAUCCAGUGUCCAGAGCUUGCACAGCCAGCAAAGCUUCGGUAGCCUCAGUUCGCCUGCACCUCCAUUCCCGCCCGCCCCUCUUCAAAGCACUUUUGGUAGCACCGGCUCGAGCGGUAGCACUCAUGUCCCUGGCUUCUUCGACAACUCUUUCAGAAGUGCUGGUCCCCUUGGCGGUCUCGGUGCUAUCGGUGCUGGCGUAGACGCGCUCGGCAACAUUAGAGAAGAAGAUGUGUCAGGCAUGGUCAACAGACUAAACCUCGGACGGUCAACCCAGAGCAACUUUGGUGGAAUUGGUCAGCCAUUCCCCCAAUCCGACGAGCAGCGUCGCGUUUCUACAAUGCUUGAUGACCGCUCUCGUCUCGAACAGCAGCAGGCACAGCAUGAUGCCGCUCACCGGUUCCAGCACGACCAGCCUGCUAGAAACGAACAGUUUGAACAGUUUCAAAGCCUGCAAGAGCAUGCUAGAGCCGACCCAUUCGGCGUCGGUUCGGAAGGUGUCAUCGGCAAGCCUAUUGCUCCUCCAUCUGAACNNAGCAGCAAGUUCAACAAGAGCAGGGUCAAGCUCAGUCUCCCGAGCAGACCCAGUCAGAGUACGACGCUCAAUUCGAAGAAGAAGCUGAGGCGCUUGCGCAGCAUCAGGAGGCUGUUGCUGCCGCUGCCACUCAAUCCAGGCAGGAACCUUCCUUGA